AUGUCGCCUCAAGAUCGGUUGGAGCAGCUUGCUUCUCAUCUCAACUUUCCUCAAGGCCUAUUGACUGGGCAGGUAGCUAUCAUUACUGGCUCUGGGCAAGGUAUAGGAGCGGAGUGUGCUCGUCUAUUUGCAAACGAGGGAGCGAAGGUGGUUGUUGCAGACAUUGAUGCUCGUCAGUACUUUCACUCUUGCCAGAUGUUCACCUCACUGUGUUCAGAAAAGGCUGAGCAAGUGGCAUCCGCCAUAAAUGCCUCUCAACCCGAUCGAGCGAUUUCUGUUCCAGGCGACAUCCUCGAUCCCGAGUACUUUCCUAGGCUGGUGAAAGCUACCGCAGAGUUCGGCAAUGGUAAGAUCAAUAUCAUUAUCAACAACGCUGGCUACACAUGGGAUGGCGUCAUCCAUAAGAUGACAGACAAGCAAUGGGAUACCAUACUUGCAGUCCACAACACUGCACCCUUUCGGCUCGUCCGAACCGCAGCCCCAUAUUUCCGGGUAAAGGAUGGACAGCCAAGAUGCAUCAUCAAUAUCUCAAGCACUUCUGGAUUGCAUGGAAAUGCAGGACAGGCCAAUUACGCCCUAGCGAAAGCAGGUGUGACGGGAUUGACCAAGACAAUCGCCAAAGAAUGGGGUCCACAAUUCGGCGUCCGGGCGAACACGGUAGCUUUUGGAUACAUCCUCACGAGGUUGACAGCUGCAAAAGAAGAGGGCGCAUAUAUAACAACUCCAGAUGGAGAAAAGGUCGCUCUGGGAAUACCCGGACAACAAAUCAAAGCAAGGAAAGCUGGUGAUGCUGGGGAGAGUGCAUACAAGGAUAUUCCUCUGGGGAGACCAGGAACUGCUACAGAAGCCGCAAGAUCAAUCCUUGCUGUGGCUUCUCCGCUCUUCUCCUAUGUCAAUGGGCAGACCAUAUCGGUUACUGGAGGAAGGAACAUAUGA